AUGCGAUGUCCACAUGUGCCGGUGGUUUUCAGGCGGGGCUUUGGGCAGGAACAAACGCCCGGCGCUCCAACAACAACGGCUAAAGGGUGGUACAACAACAAGCACCGUGUCAGACGUGUGUGGGCCCUGAGAGCGCCCAUCGACACCUCUCUUCCUCACCCUCUGCUCUACUUGGCAGUCAUGGUGACGAAAAACAGAAAACCGUCUGGGAAGACUCAGGCGACCCAGACUGACCGCGACAAGAGCCCGCUCGUCCCCCCCCACGGCAAAAGUAACGUUCGGCGGCCAGGCAGGGAGGGCAAGGCUUCCCACAGCUCGCACUCUAACGGACUCUCGGUCAUCGGGCACAAGCUCGGGCUAACUCCCUCCUCUGUCCUGAAGCUGGGAGUCACUCUCUUCCUCGCUGGUCUAACCGGAUACCUUCACUGGUAUCAUCUGUCACAGCUCUUUGAGAAUGACAGGCACUUUUCACAUCUGUCUAAUCUGGAGAAGGAAAUGGCUUUUCGAACAGAAAUGGGUCUGUACUAUUCCUAUUACAAGACCAUCAUUGAGGCCCCUUCUUUCCUGGAUGGCCUCCACAUGAUCAUGAAUGAUCGACUGACAGAGCAUCCCCUGGUUAUUAACACGCUGAAGAGAUUCAAUCUCUAUCCAGAGGUGGUGCUGGCCAGCUGGUACCGCAUGUACACAGGUGCAAUGAGCUUCUUUGGGAUUCCCACCAAGAUGUGCUGGUCUAUCAACAGAGGAGAGGGACUCAGCCCGGUGGACAGCUGUGAAGGAAUGGGUGACCCGGCAUACUUUUACGUAACCUUUGUGUUCCUGCUGAACGGUGCAAUGAUGAGCCUGUUCUUCAUUUACGGCGCCUACCUCAGUGGGAGUCGACUGGGAGGAAUUGUUACCACGGUGUGUUUUUUCUUCAAUCACGGUGAGAGCACCCGUGUGAUGUGGACGCCGCCCCUCAGGGAGAGCUUUGCAUACCCGUUCCUGGUCCUGCAGAUGCUGCUUCUUACCUACAUUCUACGGACACGAAACCCGAACAGGACAGCCAUGGUCGCACUGGGCAUCUCCAAUUUGUGCUUUAUGCUGCCCUGGCAGUUCGCCCAGUUUGUACUGCUCACUCAGGUGGCCUCUCUGUUUGCAUCAUACAUCCUGGGAUACCUGGCCCCUGCCAAGAUGCAGUUCAUCCUGGUCACUCAUAUGGUCACUCUUGGUGUCUGCUUCGUCCUGAUGUUUGGUAACUCCAUGCUUCUGACUUCUUUCUACGCCUCCUCACUCGUAUCCAUCUGGGUCAUCAUUGCUUUGAGGGAUCGAUUUAUUCAAGUGUUCAAACCUGGUCUCGUCAUCUGGGCGAUGCAGGGGCUGGCUUGGGUUGUCUCCACAGUUUUACUCAAAUUUAUGCUCUCUACCGUCCUCGGUGCAUCUGAUGAUGCUCACAUCAGUGGAUUGAUCAAGUCUAAAUUCACAAGCUACCAAGACUUCCACACGCUCAUGUACACGUGCGCCGCUGAGUUUGACUUCAUGGAGUUUGAGACACCGGUCCGUUACCUGAGAACGUUGCUACUUCCUGUCAUCUUGUUGGUAGUUGCUGUCAUUGUUGGAAAGACUGUCAAGGAUAUUGUCCAUACCCUGAGGCAUGGAAGGAACAGCUUUACAAAGACCGAUGAGCUGGUGUACCACAGCCUGCAGCUGGUGGCGUUUGCGCUCCUCGCCAUCCUCAUCAUGCGUCUGAAGCUCUUCCUGACGCCCCACAUGUGCAUCAUGGCAUCACUGGUGUGCUCGAAACAGCUGUUUGGUUGGAUCGGGGAGAAGCUGAAGCAUCAGAUGGUGGUGUUUGCGCUGCUGGCCAUGAUGGCCGUACAGGGCGUGGCCAACCUGCAGGCCCAGUGGGCGAUCAUCGGAGAGUUCAGCAACCUGCCACAGGAGGAGCUGCUGGACUGGAUCCAGGAAAACACCCGUCCUGAUUCCGUGUUCGCCGGAGCAAUGCCCACCAUGGCCAGCGUGAAGCUUUCCACUGGUCGACCCAUCGUCAACCACCCCCACUACGAAGACGCAGGUCUCAGGGAGAGAACCAAGCUGGUGUACUCCAUGUACAGCCGGAUGUCUGGAGAAGCUGUGAAGCGGAACCUGGUUCAGCUGGGAGUGGACUACUUCAUCCUGGAGGACUCCUGGUGCACCAGGCGAACCAGGCCUGGCUGCAGCAUGCCGGAGAUCUGGGACAUCGAGGACCCGCAAAACGUGGGUAAAACCCCCCUCUGCACCCAAAUGUCCAGGAACUCACGGCCCCACUUCACCACGGUCUUUUUCAAUGACAUUUAUAAAGUUCUCAGAGUGUCUAAAGCCUCUAAAGAUCUCAGAUAACAUCCCUGGACCCACUGGACUUCACCAGGCUUAUACUUCCUAACACUUCUUUCCGGUUGCCCCCCCCCCACUCGUUUUACACCACAAACCACACGCCAUGAGCCUGACCACGGCUGUGUCCUCACAGCUGACAAAAUGUGAGCAGCUGUUGGUUUUGCUGCCUCCCUGUGACCCUCUGACCCCGGUCAGUUCCCAGCUGAAGCCAAAACGGUGUCAUUGCCUCUCUUUUAGUCUAGUGGAUCGUUUCUGUUUCUUAUGCCCUGUUCCAAAGGAUGCUGUUCAUCCAUCAGUGUUACUUUUUACUGUGAUGUUAGUUACUUCAGAAGUCCACUUUGUCUUUUUGGACCAAUCACAGAUGUCCACUUUACUGUGAAGCAAUAGCCUUUGCAAAGCCGACAGCUGCGGACUUCUUCUAUAGAUAUGCACAGUGAAAAGAUUUUUUCUGUGGUACUAUUUUUAUAAUUUAUUUGUUUUAUUUCUGUUUUGGGUCUUCGGACUCAUAGGUGGAAGAUUCUGCCCUGUUUUUGGAAGCUUUUCAAAUCUGAUUCAUAUCGUACAGUGUUAUUUAGGCUGAAUGUAUUCAGAAAGGUUUUAAUGGAAUUUCACCUGAGAGAGAGAAAGAUAAGCCGCUCUUCCUACUUAUACAUACAAGUUUUUAAUGGCCAAAACAAAACAGGGUUUAUUCAGACUGCCCUGAUCCAACUAAAAAAGCAUUCUUUGUAGAUUCUUUGUGCUUCUUGAAUUGUUCUUAAUUGCCAAAGGAAGUUUUGUUAUUAAAGCUGCAUUUCCAGAAUACUGUAGCACAUAAAAGAUGAUCGAUAGGUACCUGUGAACCCUGUAACAGCCAACCCAAGCCGCGCAAAGCUCUGACACUGAUGUACAAUCUUAAGGAUAGGCACUCCUUUUAGAGCAUAAAUGUUUGAUGAUGUUUAUCCAGUGACAUAUAGUGAAAAUUAGCCACUAAGGGAUAGAUAGCAGCCACUUUUCUGUCAGGAAAUCACUGAUCUCUAUGAGCCUGUUCACAUUUGGUGUAACGGUGCAUCCUGAGUGAGCCGAGCCACUCACAACUCACAAACAUGUAGCAGGGAAUGGAGUCCGCCCAUUAAAAGGCAGCUCCGCCGUUCUGUGGCUGACAGCUGCUUUGUUUUUGCAGUCGGUGCAGAAAUGGAGAUAAAAAGGCGAGCGGGAGGGUCUCCGUCAGUCAUACUUAAGACCAGCAGGUGGUUCCUCAGAGGGCCUCAGACCGCUCAAAGACUGGACCGUUCAGGAUCCCUGUAGCACCAGGUCUGAACAGGGGGUCUGCGUCUCAGACUUAAAGUUGUGGCUCUCGUGUGUAAAAAGUUUCCAAAUUGUCGUGCUCUUCGUGUCAUUUCCUGGUUCUGAGUUCAGUGCUUUGAGUCUCGUUACAGGUGAGGUCAUUUUAGCUUUUGUGUUUCCCUUUCGUCCAGCCAAACAAAGCUGUAAACAAAGCCUUUUUUGUUGUUGUUUUUUCCAAGCAACUGGGUCUGACUGGUUUUAUUUUGAAAAAGAGCCACUGACCAUCAUUUCUUUGCAGCCAUUGGUGCCCGCUUGAUAGUAAUGAUAAGACUCCAGUAAAAGAAUAGAUUAAUCUUUUAUUAGUCCCUCAUUGGGGAAAUAGUUCAACAAUGCAGAAAUAGAACAAAUUUUGACAAAAUGUGCUCUUUGCUAGGCUGUCUGUUCUUUAUAGAUAGAAAAGUGGUUUAUCCUGUUAGUUAAGUGCCUUCUUUUGUGUUUGAAUAAGUGUUAAGUGGUGUAUCAAAAGGAAAAACUCUCCUCUUAAAAUGGUCCAGUACAAGGAUUGAAAAGGAGCUGAAAAGGAGCCAAAAGUAGAUCUUUUAUAAAGGACAGAGAACCAUUGCUCAAGACUUUUGAACAUUACAGGAAGUUUCCAGGAAGUGACUUAACUACUUAUUUGAAUACAGUUAAAAAAAAAAACUGCAGAUAACCAGAGAUCACAGAAAAGCAUAAGAAAGAAUCCACAAAAACAAGGAAGAUGUGAUUUUGGAGAGCCGGACUUUUUCUUUUUUUUUUUU